UGGCAAACCAUUAGAAUAGAAUAAAUUAAAUAAUAUUGAAUUUAAAAAUUGAAAUUGUAUUAAAGCUUAAUAUUAAGUUAUUUUAUAUUGUUUAUUUAUAAGUAGGUAUGUAGUAUACUUUACUGUUUCUCGCUGUCGCUAUUUCUAUUUACUUCCGAACAUUGACUUCAUUCUACAACUAUACCUACUUUCCGUUCUUCCUAUUUCUAUUUACUUAACUGCAAACUCUCUCUAACUCUCCACUUACUGUUCUUCCAUUUCCGCUAUUUCUCGUAUCUUAGUUUUAGGCUUAAUAUAAGGACAGUACAUGUGUAAUAAACUCCACUUUUGAAAUUGUAAUCGGACGUGAACGGUCUUUAAUUUUUUAAUUACGCGGCGUUGCAGGCAAUAUACGUGUUAUUUCGCGCUUCUACCCUUACAAAGUGUUUUUAAAAAAAUUUAAGAUAAUACAAUACCUAGUUUAUCUUCUCAAACUAGUGAAGAUUUUUCAUGGCGCCCGAGCAGGGACCUGAGUGCGAAAUUCGAGAAAUAAACAAUAAUUUGUGAACUAAAAUCGGAAGUUAUUUAAAUAAAAUACAUUGAUAGUGACAAAAGACCACAAGUUGGCAAUUUGUGCGCGCAAAAUAUUUAAUAACUAAGAAUUAAAUUAAAUAACCAACUAAAUUAGUAAAAGAAUAUUGCCUGCGCGGUCCGUUGCAAAACAAAAGUCGUCUCGCAAACAAAAAACCAAAGAAAAAUAACAAAACAGACAAACAGACAGCUAAACUAAUAUAUGUACAUACAUAUGUAUAUGCAUAUACAAAAACAAGUGCAGUGACGUGGAAAAAGUGCACAGUGACAGUGAGGCCCCAAAAAACAAAACAAAAAAAAAAAAAAAGAAAAAGUAAUAUAUCUAUCAAAAAAGGCUAAAAUUAUUUGAAAAAAAAAAAAAAAUUGUUUAACAUAUAAACAAAAUAAAAUAUUUAUAGCCAAAAAAGUUAAAAAAAAAAAAACAUAUAGAACAUAUAGAACAUCGCCAACGAAGGGGAGUGAAACUACAGCUGUAAUAUUCAUCAGCCACCAACUGUUCACCACCAAUACCAACCGUUACACCGCUACAUAGGACAUCGAGGGAGGAAUGACCUGCAACUGCGUGGCCUGCCAAAGGGAAGUUCAAGCUGGAAACAAACCAGUCCACGAUAAACAGGUUCAUUGGGCGCCGAGGGAUGCCAGCCAAAAUAUACUGCGACAACGCGACGAACUUCGUGGGAGCAGAGAGGAAGCUGAGGGAGCUCCGGGAAGCCUUUCUGGCACAGAAAGAGGAGAUUCUCCAAUACGCCGCCGACGAAGGAUUCAUCUUCGCCUUCAUACCUCCGAGGGCACCCCACUUCGGCGGCCUGUGGGAAGCAGCAGUGAAGUCGGCCAAACAUCUGCUGGUGCGCGCCGUAGGCAACGCGCUGUUAACCGCCGAAGAAAGCGCAACGCUUCUCGUCGAAGUAGAAGCGGUCCUGAAUUCCCGACCGCUCGCACCACUCAGCAACGACCCCAACGACGGCGAGGCGCUAACGCCGGCGCAUCUACUAAUCGGUUGCCCCUUGCGAGCUUUGCCACCGGAGAAGGUACCCGUCAACCUCAGCCGCUGCUUAGAGAGAUGGCAGCUUGUUUGCUCUCUCAAGCAACAAUUUUGGCGCGCGUGGUCGAAGAGCUACCUUCUGGAGCUUCAGCAGCGCAACAAAUGGGUGCACCCGCAGCCCAACGUCCAACCAGGCCAACUCGUCGUCGUCCACGAAGACAACGUACCACCGCAGCAUUGGGUGCUCGGUCGAGUAACCGCAACCAUUCCCGGAGCGGACGGCAAAAUUCGAGUCGCAGACAUCACCACUAGGUCGGGUGAAGUACGACGCCCUAUUCACAAACUCGCCGUGCUGCCGGUGGAAAACAAGAAUUGAAGGCUGUUGGAUUCCUUCAAGGUGGCCGGUGUUAAGCCAGAUUCUGGCAAACCAUUAGAAUAGAAUAAAUUAAAUAAUAUUGAAUUUAAAAAUUGAAAUUGUAUUAAAGCUUAAUAUUAAGUUAUUUUAUAUUGUUUAUUUAUAAGUAGGUAUGUAGUAUACUUUACUGUUUCUCGCUGUCGCUAUUUCUAUUUACUUCCGAACAUUGACUUCAUUCUACAACUAUACCUACUUUCCGUUCUUCCUAUUUCUAUUUACUUAACUGCAAACUCUCUCUAACUCUCCACUUACUGUUCUUCCAUUUCCGCUAUUUCUCGUAUCUUAGUUUUAGGCUUAAUAUAAGGACAGUACAUGUGUAAUAAACUCCACUUUUGAAAUUGUAAUCGGACGUGAACGGUCUUUAAUUUUUUAAUUACGCGGCGUUGCAGGCAAUAUACGUGUUAUUUCGCGCUU